AUGUCGACAACAGCUGGCGCCUUCCUCGCAGGCGGCAUCGCCGCAUGCGGCGCCGUCACAGCAACCCACCCCUUCGAGACAGUCAAAAUCCGCAUGCAACUCCAAGGCGAGCUCCAAGACAAAGGCCACCAACCGCACCACUACCGCGGGCCCGUCCACGGCGUAUCAGUCAUCGUGCGCAGUGAAGGCCUCCGCGGCAUCUACCGCGGCAUCGGCUGCGCAUACGUCUACCAGGUCCUGCUCAACGGCUGCCGUCUCGGCUUCUACGAGCCCAUGCGCCACGGCCUAUCGACCCUCCUCUUCAAGGACGGCAAGACCCAGAGCUUGGGCGUCAACAUGUUCUGUGGCGCGGCCUCGGGCGUCAUGGGCGCCGCGGCGGGUAGUCCGUUCUUCCUUGUCAAGACCCGUCUGCAGAGCUUCUCGCCGUUUCGACCGGUCGGCACGCAGCACCGGUACAACAAUGCGUGGGACGGCAUGCGGCAAAUCUAUAGCGGCGAGGGCGUGCGCGGGCUGUACCGCGGGGUUGGGGCUGCUAUGAUCCGGACUGGGUUUGGGAGCUCUGUGCAGCUGCCAACGUACUUCUUUGCGAAGCGCCGGCUGAUGCGCCAUCUCGGUAUGGAGGAGGGCGCGCCGCUGCAUUUGGCUAGUAGUACGGCUAGUGGGUUUGUCGUGUGCUGUGUGAUGCAUCCGCCAGACACGAUCAUGUCCCGGAUGUACAACCAAAACGGCAAUCUUUACGCCGGCGUGUUCGACUGCCUGUCGAAGACGAUCAAGACGGAGGGCCUGUUCGCCAUUUACAAGGGUUUCCUGCCGCAUCUCGCGCGUAUCUUGCCGCACACAAUCCUGACGCUGACGCUGGCCGAACAAACGAACAAGCUGGUGAAGAAGCUGGAGAAUCGGUUCUUGCCGGGUAGCGUGUUGAAGACGGUAUGA